AUGGGUUGUGGAUCAUUGAAAGCCACAAAAGUUGUUCCUAAUUCUAUAACAUCUCAGAAUGAGACGAAUAGCCAAAAGAAGCAAAUAUCCAGUUCUUCAUCACAACAGACUCCAACCAAUAGAAUAACAAGCACAACCUCCACAACCAACUCGGCAGUGGUAAAGCUAUCUACUGAAGGUAAAAAAUCUCCCAAUCCAUCCAUUCAUACACAAUAUGAUCUCAAUCAAAAUUUGAUUAUUAUUUGGGUGGACCCUCAUAUAGAUAAAACCGAAAAACUUUAUCAAGAUUCAAUUACCAAACUUCAACGUAUUACCACGUUGAUUGAUAAAUUUACUAACUCUAAUGACUGUAUUAAAUAUCUUGAUACGAUUAACAAUAAAACAGUUUUUCUCAUUAUUUCGGAUAAAAUUGGUGAACAACUCAUACCAUUAGUUUUCAAUAAACCACAACUUGAAUGUAUUUAUAUUUUCAAUCCAGAAAAACAAGUUCGAAUAAAUUGGGCUAAUAAAUGGGCAGGAAAAGUUAAAGGAAUUUAUCAUCAUAUGGAACAAAUAUUUCAAGCUAUUAAAUUUGAUAGUGGUCAAAUAGGUAGUUUAACUUCGAUUAGUAUUUUAACAAAGAAAGAUAUUGAGAAAAAAAAUUUUGAGUCCAAUGAACUGGACAAAUCAUUUAUGUAUACACAAUUACUUAAAGAAAAUCUGCUCGAUAUGAAAUAUGAUUAUCAAGCGAAAACUACACUUGUUGAAUACUGUCGUAAUAAAUAUGCUGAUGAUGAUUAUCAAUUGAGUCUUAUCGAUGAAUUUCAUAUUGAAUAUAAUAAACAAUUAGCUAUUGAAUGGUAUACAAAAGAAUCUUUUUUAUAUUCAAUGAUGAAUCGUGCAUUAAGAUCUCAAGAUAUUGAAACGAUUAUGAAAAUGGGAUUUUUUAUUGCGGAUCUUCAUAAACAAAUUGAAAAAAUAUAUAAUGAACAAAAGUAUCAACAUGAAAAAAUAACUGUCUAUCGUGGUCAAGGUAUGUUAUUAGAUGAAUUUGAGAAAUUAAAAAAUAGCAUUGGUGGUCUUAUUUCAUUUAACAAUUUUCUAUCAACAAGUAGCGAUUUAAGUGUUUCAACACAAUUUGCCAUUCGUGCAGCAGAAAAUCCAAAAGUUAAUGGCGUCCUCUUCCAAAUGAUCGUCGAUCCAAAAAAGUCAUCAGUUCCAUUGGCUUACUUAGGAGAAAAUAGUUCUUAUAAAUAUGAAAAUGAAAUUCUUUUUUCUAUGCAUACAGUUUUUCGUAUUAUUGAUAUUCAACAUAUUCAAGACCAAUAUUGGCUUGUUAAUCUAAAUUUAACAAGUGAUCAUGAUCAAACACUUAAAACGUUAACUGAUCAUUUUAGAAAAGAAAUUGAAGGUGGUACUCCUUUAGAUCGAAUAGGACAUUUGAUGCUGAAAAUGGGCGAAUUCAAUCAAGCUGAGGAAAUUUAUGAUGCACAACUCAAGUCUGAAAGUGAAAAAACUUGGCGCAAACAAGUUCAUCUUAAUCAUCAACUUGGAUAUGUUUAUAGUGAAAAGGGUGAUUAUGUGGCUGCAUUAUCAUAUUAUCAAAAGGCACUUGAAAUCGAACGAGCGAAUGUCUCUGACCAAGACACGUCACUGGCUUCUACCUGCAAUAAUAUGGCUAGUGUGUAUCAUAAAAUGGGAAAUCAUUCGUCGGCUCUAUCUUAUUAUAAAAAAGCACUUGAAAUUGAACAAAAGUCUCAUUCUCCUGAUCAUCCUUCAAUCGCUACUACGUACAAUAAUUUGGGAUCAGUUCAUAGUUCAUUAGGUGAUUACGCAGCUGCACUUAAUUUCUACAAGAAGACACUUACAAUAAGGCAAACAACUCUUCCUGACAAUCAUCCAGAUUUCGGUAGUAUCUAUAAUAAUAUUGGAUCAUCUUAUAGUGCAUUAGGUGAUAAAAAAACUGCACUUUCAUUCUAUCAAAAAUCUCUUGAAAUUCAAGAAAAAAUUCUUCCUUCUACACAUGUAGAUCUAGCGAUAAGCUAUGCUAACAUGGGUACAAUAUAUAAUUCACUGGGAAAUCAUUUGGAAGCACUUGAAUAUCAUAAAAAAUCUCUUGGCAUUCGAGAAAUAUCACUACCAUCAAAUCAUCCUGAUAUAGCUAUGUGUUAUAGCAACAUUGGUUCAGUACAUGAUUCACUAGGAGAUUAUGUAACUGCAUUAUCAUUUUUUGAAAAAUCACUUCAUAUUCGACGACUAUCUCUUCCUGAAGAUCAUAUUAGUUUUGCUCAUGUUUAUGACGAUUUUGGUUCGGUCUAUUAUUCGAUGGAUGAUAAAUCAAAAGCACAAACUUAUUAUCAGAAAGCUUAUGAUAUUCGUCGAAACUCUCUUAAUGAAAAUCAUCCUGAUAUGGCUCUUAGUUAUAAUAAUCUUGGUACAAUUUAUAGUUCAAUGGGAGAUAAAUCAAAAGCACUUACUCAUUAUGAAAAAGCACUUGAAAUUCAACAAAAAUCACUUCCAGAGAAUCAUCCAAGUUUAGUUAAUACUUACAACAAUAUUGGUUUAAUUUAUCAUUCAAUGGAAGAUGAUACUAAAGCACUUUCAUAUUGUCAAAAAGCUCUUGAUCUUCAACUUAAAUCAUCUUCAGAAAAUAAUUCAUCCUUAGCUACAACUUAUAGCAAUAUUGGUUUAAUUUAUAAUUCAAUGAAAAAUUAUUCAACUGCAUUAUCAUCAUAUGAAAAAACACUUUCUAUUCAACAAAGUUCUAAAUCAACAAAAGAACAAUCAAUAGCAAAAACAUUGUAUAAUAUUGGACUUACAUAUUAUCGAAUGAAAAAUUAUUCAAAAGCUAUUUCAUUAUUUGAACAAGCAUUAACUAUUCAGAAGAAAUUAUCACCAUCGAAUCAUCAUGAUUUAGCAAAUACUUAUGAAAUCAUUGGCGUAACAUAUUAUGAUAUGAAAAAUUAUCAAAAUGCAAUUUCAUUUUAUAAAAAAGCUUGUACAAUUCAAGAAAAAUAUUUUUCUAAUGAAAAAUCAACAUUAGCAAUUAUGUAUAAUAACAUAGCUGUUGCAUACAGUGCUAUCAAUGAUCAUUCGAAUGCAUUAUCAUUUUAUGAAAAAACACUUUCUAUUCGUGAAAAAAAUUCUAAUGAAAAUGAGCUAUCUUUGACUAAUAUAUAUAAUAAUAUGGGAUCAAUUUAUUAUUCAAUGAAAAAUUAUUCGAAAGCUAUCAAUUAUUAUCAAAAAGCAAUGAUUAUUCAACAAAAAAAAUUAUCAAAAGAUGAUUAUUUGUUAUCAAAAACAUAUAAUAAUAUUGCUAUCGCAUAUAAGUCUAUGGACGAUAAUGAAAAUGCUCUUAAAUAUUAUAAAGAAGCACUUAUCAUUCAAGAAAAGUCUCAGUCCGACGAUAAUAUUUCCUCAUUAUCUGGAAUCUAUAAUAGUAUGGCAUUUAUUUAUGAUUCAAAACAAAACUAUACCGAGGCUAUCAAUUAUUAUAAAAAAGCAAUACUCAUUGACGAGAAGAUACUUUCUUCAGAUGAUUCAUCUUUAGGAAUAACAUAUUUUAAUAUUGCUGUUGCUUAUGAUUCUAUGAAAGAUAAACAAAAUGCUCUAAUAUUCUAUCAAAAAGCACUUGUUAUACUAGAAAAAACUCUUUCUACCAAUGGUCCAGCAAUAGCUUCAACUUGUAGAAGUAUUGCAUCAAUAUAUCAUUCAAUGAAUAAUUAUUCCGAUGCUGUUAGUUUUUAUAAAAAAGCAUUAACAAUAUUGGAACAAACGACUUCCUCGGAUGAUGCUAUAUUAGGAACUACUUAUAACAACAUAGCUGUCGCUUAUGAUUCCAUGGACGAUAAAAAGAAUGCUCUUUUAUUUUAUGAAAAAUCUUUAUCGAUUCGAGAAAAAAUCCGUUCUCCCAAUGAUUCUUCAUUAGCUUCAAUGUAUAGUAGCAUGGCUUCGAUUUAUUCAUCUAUGAAUAUGAAAACAAAUGCUGUUAAAUUUUAUGAAAAAUCACUUGCCAUUCAAGAAGCAUCAUCAUCUCCAAAUUAUUCAUCUUUGUAUGUAAUUCAUUACAAUACAGCAAGAAACUAUGAAGAUCUUGGCAAUUAUGAUGCAGCUAUUCAACAUGCUGAACGUUCCCUUGUUCAUGCUCGUUCAGCUUUCGGUUCGGAUGAUGAAAAAGUACAAACUGUUCAAAAUUAUGUUGGCAUGCUUCGCAGAAAAAUAUAA